AAGAGCUGUCAAGAAUGACGAAUACACAGAUCUGCUUAAAAUACAAAACUAGUACAGGCAGAGAAAGGACAAUAAAAUCAGAAAAUUGGACAGAAAAAGACACUACUGGUGUUACAUCAGCUGCUUCAACACAAAGACCCUCCACAGAUGAAUUGCAAGCUGUGUACCCAGCACCUCCUGAACCUGCCCCUCAGCCUGUUACUGAACCAGCAUCCUGGAAAAGAUUUCGUUUGGUUGAAGAAAGUGUAAGUAACUACUAUUAUCUGUACUUGCGUUUGGUACUUGCACUGGUACCUUACACUAAACUUGUCAGUGGUUUGACAAUUUGAUUUGAUACUUUUAGAACUAUUUAACACAAAACUACUAUGAUUAUUUAUGCUUUUCUUUUAAAUAAAAUGUUACACUACCAUCUUCUCACUGCACUUUAAAAGUGAAUUUUGUAACGACCUCUAGAAUAUUAUGUCAUUUUUAAUCAGUUUCUUCGAUUGUAUACACAAUUGUGCGUGUAAUGAUAGCAUACAUUUUUCUAAACCGCGUUUCGUUGGAAUUUGCACGUCAUAAAUUAUGUUUAUACAUUUUGCAAAAAAAUCUCAU